AUGGCCCGAGCACUGCCCUGGCUCCUGCUGUGGAUGGGCUCCGGAGUGCUGCCCGCCCGCUGCACCCCGCCCGGCAUCCGGCUGCCCCGGGAGACCGUCGAGGAGCCCGACGAGCCGGGCCGGAGGGGCAGCUUUGUGGAGAUGGUGGACAACCUGAGAGGCAAGUCCGGUCAGGGCUACUACGUGGAGAUGACCGUGGGCAGCCCCCCGCAGACGCUCAACAUCCUGGUGGACACAGGCAGCAGUAACUUUGCAGUGGGGGCUGCCCCCCACCCUUUCCUGCAUCGCUACUACCAGAGGCAGCUGUCCAGUACAUACCGGGACCUCCGAAAGGGCGUGUAUGUGCCCUACACCCAGGGCAAGUGGGAGGGGGAGCUGGGCACCGACCUGCUCUGUGGCGCUGGCUUCCCCCUCAACCAGUCAGAAGUGCUGGCCUCGGUUGGAGGGAGCAUGAUCAUCGGGGGUAUCGACCACUCACUGUACACGGGCAGCCUCUGGUACACACCCAUCCGGCGGGAGUGGUACUACGAGGUGAUCAUUGUAAGGGUGGAGAUCAACGGGCAGGACCUGAAAAUGGACUGCAAGGAGUACAACUAUGACAAGAGCAUUGUGGACAGUGGCACCACCAACCUUCGUUUGCCCAAGAAAGUGUUUGAAGCUGCUGUCAAAUCCAUCAAGGCAGCCUCUUCGACGGAGAAGUUCCCGGAUGGGUUCUGGCUGGGGGAGCAGCUGGUGUGCUGGCAGGCAGGCACCACCCCUUGGAACAUUUUCCCGGUCAUCUCCCUCUACCUGAUGGGCGAGGUCACCAAUCAGUCCUUCCGCAUUACCAUCCUUCCUCAGCAAUACCUGCGGCCAGUGGAAGACGUGGCCACAUCCCAAGACGACUGCUACAAAUUCGCCAUUUCACAGUCAUCCACGGGCACCGUAAUGGGAGCUGUUAUCAUGGAGGGCUUCUACGUUGUCUUUGACCGGGCCCGAAAACGAAUUGGCUUUGCCGUCAGUGCUUGUCAUGUGCACGAUGAGUUCAGGACGGCAGCAGUGGAAGGCCCGUUUAUCACCCUGGACAUGGAAGACUGUGGCUACAACAUUCCACAGACAGAUGAGUCAACCCUCAUGACCAUAGCCUACGUCAUGGCUGCCAUUUGCGCCCUCUUCAUGCUGCCGCUCUGCCUCAUGGUGUGCCAGUGGCGCUGCCUCCGCUGCCUGCGCCAUCAACAUGAUGACUUUGCCGAUGACAUCUCCCUGCUGAAGUGAGGAGGCCCAUGGGCAGAAGACAGAUUCCCCUGGACCACCUUUGGUGGUUCACUUUGGUUACAAGUAGGAGAUACUGAUGGCACUGAUGGCCAGAGCACCUCAAGACCCUCGCCUACCCACCAAAUGCCUCUGCCUUGACAAAAGAGAAGGGAAAGCUGGCAAGGUGGGUGACAGGAAUGGCACCUGUAGGAACCAGGAGAGGGAAGAAAGAAGCAUUCUGGUGGCAGGAAUAUUCUUGGUCACCUCAAGCCUGAGUUGGGAAAUUCUGCUGCUUGACACUUCAGCCUUGAACCUUUGCCCACCAUCCCUUUGGGUUGGAGAAUCCAACCAUUCUAUUCUUCUUUUCUUAGUUCCAGAAAUAGUGGCACCACAGCCAAGUCACCCCAGUGUGCGUCUCUCUGCGGUACCCUGGCAGAGAAAGGGCCAAUGUUGUUUCCCUGCUGGCCAAAGUCAGUAGGAGCAGAUGCACAGUUUGCUAUUUGCUUUAGUGAUAGGGGCUGUAUAAACAAGCCUAACAUUGGUACAAAGAUUGCCUCUUGAAUUAAACAAAAAAUAAUGAGACUGAAUAUUUGUACAAACGGGGGCGGUUGGAAAAGGAGAGGAGAGGGAGUGCAAAGACAGGGAACAGCUGGGAUCAGAGCUAGAAAAGGCAGAACCAUGACCACUUGCCAGUCCCAGUUUCAGACUGCAUCUCCAAGAUAGAAGCACAUCUUGUAAGAUGGGUGUUGCUUCCCGAUGUUUUCUUUUCUGUGGUUGUAGCCUGACCAAAAGUGAGUUGGGAAGGAGGGCUUACCUAGCCAAAAGCUCUUUUUAACUCUCUUAAAUGAAACGUGCUCACUAAGAAGUUCCAUCUAACAAAUGACUUUCUACCUUAAUGAUUCCACUUGUCUCUACCUGAACCCUUUACUCCACAAAUGAUAAGGUAACAUUGACAUUUCCCACCCCCACCCCAGCCCCAGGUGCCCUAUGAAAAAGCAACUGGAAUACAGCAAAGAUCGCAGGGCCGGGCUUGGUCUUCCUGCUUCCAUGUCCACCCCUGCCCCCCAAACCCUAUUCCUCUGGAGCGCUGCAGCUGAGGUGCUAGGAGGGCUAGACAGGAGACCCCCCUCCCUUACUUGACCCUUAAAGGCAGAACCCUCAAGAUUCACUCAACAGGUAUCGGUUGAUGCCUUGUGCCUCUGCCUGGAUUUCUUCCUGUUCAGCUCUAAGUAGUAGUAAGAUCUCCUUGCAAUACAGAGCAGUGUCAUCGCCUCCUCACCCUCUCUAACGUCCCCUCCAUUAACCUGGCUGAGGCACCCCACAGUGGCACUAGUAUUAUACCCAGUGUCAGAAAUGCAGGGCUUUCUGGCUCUAACAUCAGUUGCCUUCAGUAACAAGGCUGCUGGAGCAAGGCUGGCAGCCUCAGGGCUUCCGUACUUCCUUCACCACCAGAGUCCCUCAGGGGAGGCCAUCCUUCUCCCCUAUCCUGCUCUCUCCUCCCCACUCCCAAUAGUAUUUGGUACCCAGGCUGGUUCUUGGGCUAGGUAGUAGGGACCAGGUUUGUUUCCUCCCUAUCAGUUCUAACACAAUCAACUCUGAUACCAGUGUUAGUGGAAGACCUGAUUCUCCUAGUAGACCCACCAGGUCCUAUCACUAUCUUAUCACCACACUGCUUCCAGGUAUGGGACCUGCCGAGUGUGGAAAUACCUGAUGAGGGAAGGGAAGGGAAGAGACGAGGAGGGCCUCUGGAGAUCCUGGCCUUGGCCAGCUGCCCACAAGCCAUAAACCAAUAAAAUAAGAAUAUUGAAUCACAGUUCUUUAUCUGGGUUCUCUUCAUUCCCCUUGCACUUGGUGCUGCUCUGGCUGACUGGGAACACCCCCAACCACAAAGACUGUCAGAAGACUGGAGACUCCGUUUUCAGCUCAGAACUUACUGUGUAAAUAAACUUCCAGAAUUGCUACCAUGUAAUGAAAACGCCACAAUCUGCUUUAUAAUUUCUAUCCACGUUUGGGAAAACUGGCUUUUUCCCAGCUCUUUCCAGGGCAUAAAACUCAACCCCUUCAUUAGAAAGUCCCACUGUCCCUUUUUCUUUUUUUAACUUGUACUUAUUUUUCUUUUUGCAGUUACUUCCUUUCUACCCCGAAACUAUUAACUCUAAGUGUAAAAAAAAAAUCUUGACAACAGCUUCUUGCUUGUAAAAAUACGUAUUAUAUAUCUCUAUUUUUAAAGUCAACUCCUGAAAAGUGACUGUCCCAUCUCUACUCACUGCAUCAGAGGCCUUUCCUGUCGGUCUGCAUGGCUUCUACCCCUGCAGGCCAGAGGCAGAGGGAAGAGGGAGAACAAGGGUGGCCAAAACUUAAAUGUUGCUUUCUGACUGAUCCUGAACAAGACAGAGAAAAGAGCAACAGUGAGGCCCCAACUCCCACUCCCACCCACUGCUCCCCAAAACAUCUGUCCUCUUGCUUUAGUUGGCUUUCAAGGGGGCUUUUACUAGGAACCCAUUAAGCCCCCCUCCCACUUCUUCCUUUCUUCUAUUCUCCUUUGGCUUCAAAGAUGUGUGGAAAAGAAAGAAAUCAGCCUUUAUAUCCAUUCCUAAUUUCUAUAUAUUGAGGGGAUACUGAAAAAAAUUGCUGGUUGUCUAAAGGCUACUGCCAAGCUGAUGAGAGAGAAAAUCUUUUGGUUACAAGAGAAAAACUGAUUCCCCUGAAUGAAAAGAACAAAGGAGCUGAUCUUCCAUUUUGCCACAUUUCCAUUCAUGAUAGCUACCAAACUGGAGACAUUAGUAUUUCAUUAACCAAAGAAAGUGGGUCACCUGACCUCUACAGAGGGGAGAACUCAGGCCAUUUCAAUCACCCUUCCAGAUGCCAAGGAGCUCCUGGGAAGUCCAGCUCCUGAAAAUGAUGCUAGUCAACAAACCUGGGCAAGUAAGGAAGGCAAGAGAAGGGAUGGACUACAUCUAAGAGGGUGAUAGGCAAGGAGGAAGGACAAAGAGGGAAAAGAACAAAAACAGAGCAGAGAACUUAAUUGGAUCUGAAAGGGAACAGUACUGCUAAUGCUAGUAAGCAUUUCCAGGUCCCAGAAUGGGCAAAAUUCAGCAGUUGGUAAUAGAAUGAUGUCCUUCUCCUGAAACUAAUUUUUUUAAUUAACACUUCGUUUUUCCUUGUUUAAUUCCAAAAGAGAAGGAAGCUGAAGCCAUUUCCUAUAGGAGUAAAGAUAAAAAGAUAGGAAAAGAUUCAAAGCUCCCAUAGAUUCACAGCUUUCACAAGUAUAAACCUAAAAACCAGAAUGCUCAAUAAGCAGAAGUGGGAAGACGUUCUCAUUCUAGAUAGCUAUCUAUAGAACAAAUGACUUCUAAAUUUGAAGUUCAACCUCCCCUCCUUUCACUUUGGCCUUCAUUUUUCCCAGGACAGAAACAAGCCCCCCCCCCGCCCCAUCAUUUUCUUGCUUCAAAGUUAAAAUCCGGCAUCCCAAGAUCACUCUGCAAUUAAUUUUGCACAGACAUCUCCUCACCCCAGUGCCUGCCUGGAGCUCACCCAAGGUCACCAAAC